GUGAUAUUUCCAUGCAUUUGUUACACCAAUUAAUUGCAGGUAGGCUCUGCCAAAAGUACAUCUUGGUCGAGACCGGUAAACUUCGAAAUACCGGACGACUGUGAGGAUUAUAUCCUCCAAAAGGAUGAGGCGGCAGAAGCGGCUCCUGGCAUGGGUCGCGUACCCUUACGAGAAAGACUUGAGGGUUGGCAAAUUGAGAGACGUCCACGCGAUAAUACUAAUCGAUUCGAUAAGUAUUAUUACCAUGGGAAGUCGGGUGGGCGAUUUCGAUCUUUCGCUGAGGUUCAGGACUUCAUCAUCCACGCUCGUUUUCCGAAGGCCAGAAAACCCGAAGAAGGAUCCGUGCCUGUCGAGCCUUUGGCGUCUGAAUCCCGUAAGAGGAAAAGGAGAGCUAAGGCUACCAGAGAAAUGACCGAGGAGGAAAGGCGUCGUAUUGUCGAGAAAUUCCUUGAGAAUUCGUGGAACAACCUCAUGAACAUAGGUAAGGGAAGGCGGGAUCUUCGCGAUUCAACUAGUGAGGAUGAAGAGCCGGUGAUCCUGGACGACAUUCGCGACAUUUUCGACUCCGAGAAUGACGAAGAGAACACCGGAGAUCCGAUUGAUGAAGUGCAGAUUCAAGAGAUGAUUAAUGAAUUGAUGAGCUAGCCGGGCAGUGUGGAACCCGUGGUGCCCCAAGGCAACUUUUAAUUUUAGCCUUUUUCUUUUCUCAUGGAU